AUGUCUGCUCAGCAGGAACCGGCAAUCAAGGCCUCGCCCUCGGGGUCCAUCACAUCUUCGGAUCAUGCAGGUGUGGACUCCAAGUCGGUGGCCGACAAGGAUGGCGUCUCCUCAGUCCCUCCCACCGCGCCUGCGUUGGCAACGCAGCAGACGCAGCGCAUGGAGGCUGCGCUCGGCGACGCUAUUCUCCGUUUCUUCAGGAUUCGCAAAGGGCCGAAGCCCAACGAGUAUGAUCUCGACGCUAUCGCGACGCAGCCUAGCAUCUGGGAUUCUGAGAACAUCGAAGAGUACAAGGAACUCUACAUUCACCCGCAAUGGGAAAACAAAGAGGCUUUUGACCCUUCGUUCCGUUGGACAUGGAGGGAAGAGAAGCAGGUGCGACGAAAGAUUGAUUGGAAGAUCAUGGUUUGGUGCUGCACCAUGUUUGCUGCCUUGAACAUUGACAGAAACAAUAUCAACAACGCUGUUUCAGACAACAUGCUUGACGAUCUUGGUAUUACCAAGGGCGAUUACAACAUCGGUCAAACCAUCUCGCGAGUUGGCUUCCUCGUUGCCGAACUCCCGUCUCAGCUCAUUUCCAAACGUAUCGGCCCGGAUCUGUGGAUUCCCAUCCAGAUCUGCCUGUUCAGCACGGUCUCGGCGUUGCAGUUCUUCUUGAAAGGAAGAGCCUCCUUCCUGGCGACAAGAUAUCUGAUUGCUACAUUCCAGGGUGGAUUCAUUCCUGACACGAUCUUGUACCUGAGCUACUGGUACACUGGCACAUCUCUUCCGAUUCGACUGGCCUGGUUCUGGAUGUCUUCGCAAAUAGUUGACAUCGGUGUCGGAUUUGCCGCUGUUGGUCUCUUAUCCAUGCGAGGUAUUCUUGGUUAUGAGGGCUGGCGCUGGAUGUUCUUGAUUGAGGGAUGCUUCACCUUCACAGUCGGACUCUUUUCGUUCUUCCUUAUGCCGCAAUGCCCAGCCAAGACGAAGAGCUGGUGGAACCCGAAAGGCUACUUCAAGGAGAAGGAGGUCAAAAUCAUCGUCAACUCUGUCAUCCGAGAUGAUCCUCAGAAGGGUGGAAUGUACAACCGACAAGGCCUCUCCAUCAGGCAGAUCUGGGAGUGUUCCAAGGAUUACGACAUGUGGCCCUUGUACGCGCUCGGCCUGCUCUUCGGUCUGCCGAAAUACCCGGUCAACCAGUACCUGACCCUGUCUUUCCGCGAGCUCGGAUUCGACGUCAUCCAGACCAACCUGCUCUCGAUCCCCUACAUCGUGGGAUCCAGCAUCACGAUGUUGCUGAUCACCGCGUUCAGUGAGCUGGUCAACAACCGCAGCUUCGUGGCGAUGGCGGAGGACGCCUGGCUUUUGCCCUGCUUCGUGGCUCUCAUCGCGUUGCCGAAUCCGAUCGGUGCUUGGGCGUAUUUUGCGAUUUCGACGGUGUUGCUGUCCUUCCCUUACACCCAUCCUAUUCAAGUCGCCUGGACAAGCAGAAAUGCCGGAUCUGUGCAGAACCGAACAGUUUCCGCAUCUCUGUACAACAUGUGGGUGCAAGUAUCUGGCAUGAUCGGAGCGAACAUCUAUCAACCAAGCGAUUCCCCGCGGUACUUCAAAGCAAACAAGGGGCUCUUGGUCAUUUGCAUCUGGAUGUGUUUCAUCCAAUAUCCCUUCACGUUCUUCUACUACCGAUGGCGAAACAACCAAAAGGCCAAGAAAUGGGACGCGAUGACUCCGGAGGAGCAGCACAACUACAGAACGAACACGACCGAUCAGGGAAACAAGAGGUGA